UCUGACCUCUCCCAGGGUGAUGAGCUCCACCUACAUCUCCGAUAUCUUCCACGCCAAGUCUGUACAAACAGAACCAAAAUCAUUCUGCUCAGAAGAAACCCCAAGUCAGUGGCCGUGUCCUACUACUACACGACAAAGGGCAUGAGAUCCAUAGAAGGCUGUGAAGCAGGGUUAGUGACGGUCCAGGACUAUGAUGGGAAAUGGGAAGACUAUCUUCAACUGUUUCUGGACGGGGAAGUCCCGUAUGGCUCCUACUUUGACUACCUGCUGGACUGGGAGACUGAGAGGACAAAGCACCCGGAGUUGCAAGUCUUAGACCUAACGUUUGAAGAGAUGAAACAGAACCCAGUCCUUACUGUACUGAAAGUUGCAAAAUUUCUUGGAAAAGAAAUGACACGACAGCAGGCCAUGUCGAUUUCAGACGCCUGCAACUUCCAACAUCUAAAGACUCGUGACGCUGAUGAUGAAACUAGAUGUAUGGACAUGACAUGGAAAGAAGGAUAUGGAACGUACAGAAAAGGAGAGACACAAGAGUGGAAGAAAUGGUUUACUACUGCUCAAAAUGUUCACUUUGACAAGGUGUUUGCAAGGAAAAUGGCCACCUCUCAGCAUUUGAGAGAAUGGAGUUAACGCACUAUCCAGUAAUACAAGAGGCGUCAUGGUCUUUGUCUGGCCAUGAUUCGAUCUGUCGUCUGGAUA